AAUAUGAUUUCGGUGAGAGAGGCUUCACUUUGUAGAUUAGUGCCUGUGGAUAGUGUAACUACUGCGCGCUGGAAAGACACUUCUUCAAUGCAAUCGGGAUUACAGCCAGGCAGAGAGCAGAAAACACCUCUUUCCUAAACACACUGGACAACCAUUUUUAUGACUGGUCUCCCAGAUGCCGCCACCUUGGUAGCCGGGACACACGUGGGCCACCAUGGAGGGCGGGCGGCUGCUCACCUGCUGCCUCUCCCUCCCCUGCUUCUUGCUUCUCAUCGGCUCCAACAUCUCGGCUUUCCUGAGGGCAGAGGAACAACUGCUGAUCCCGCUGCGAUGUGGCAAGAAGGAGCACCCCUUGGUCCUCUUUAGAGAUCUGAGUCCAUGGGUGUCAAACUUCAGCUUUCCAGGAGUGUCCGACUACUCUCAACUGGCCAUUGAUCUCAGCAGGAAUCAACUGUUAGUCGGUGCCAGAAACUACCUCUUCCGACUCACCCUGGACAAUGUCUCUCUUAUACAGGCGAUGGAAUGGGGUCCAGAAGAAGACACCAAGAAGGCUUGUCAGAGCAAAGGGAAGACCGAGGAGGAAUGUCAGAAUUAUAUUCGAGUACUACUGAUUAACGGGAAGAAAAUAUUCGCCUGCGGAACCAAUGCCUUCUCUCCAACCUGCACAAACCGACAGCUGGGAAACCUGAGCGUGACCUUCGACAAGUUCAACGGCGUGGCGAGAUGCCCCUACGAUCCCAAACACAAUUCCACCGCGGUGAUCACCUCACGGGGGGAGCUGUACGCGGCCACUGUCAUCGACUUCUCGGGUCGAGACCCUGCCAUCUACCGCAGCCUGGGCAAUGGGCCUCCGCUCCGAACCGCACAAUACAACUCCAAAUGGCUGAAUGAACCCAACUUCAUCUCAGCCUACGACAUCGGCCUGUUCAUCUACUUCUUCUUCCGUGAGAACGCGGUGGAGCACGACUGCGGCAAGACGGUGUAUUCGCGGGUGGGGCGGGUGUGCAAGAGCGAUAUCGGCGGCCGCUUUCUGCUGGAGGACACGUGGACAACCUUCAUGAAGGCCAGGCUGAACUGCUCGCGCUCUGGAGAGGUGCCCUUCUACUACAACGAGCUGCAGGGCACCUUCUACCUCCCUGAGCAGGACCUCCUCUACGCCAUCUUCACAACCAAUGUGAAUAGCAUCGCGGCUUCUGCAAUCUGUGCCUACAACCUCAGCGCCAUCACCCAGACCUUCAACGGUCCCUUCCGAUAUCAGGAGAACCCUCGGUCAGCUUGGCUGCCUGUGUCGAACCCCAAUCCCAACUUCCAGUGCGGCUCUAUGGGUGACAAUGGACCCAACGAGAACCUGACGGAACGCAGCCUCCAAGACGCCCAGCGGUACUUCCUGAUGAACGAUGCGGUGCAGCCCGUCUCCGUGGACCCGCUGGUGACCCACGACAACAUGCGCUUCUCAAAGCUGGUGGUGGACAUCGUGCAAGGCCGGGACACGCUCUACCACGUGAUCUACAUUGGUACAGAGCAUGGCACCAUUCUGAAGACCCUCUCUCCGGAGAACAAGAGCCUGGGCAGCUGCUACCUGGAGGAGCUUCAGCUGCUGCCUCCUGGGCAACGGGAACCCAUCCGCAACCUGCAGAUCCUGCACAGUGACCGCUCCUUGUUCGUGGGCUUUGACGGGCGGGUGCUGAAGAUCCCUCUGGAGCGAUGCUUCUCGUACAAAUCCGAAAUAUCUUGUCUUGGGGCCAGGGAUCCAUACUGCGGCUGGGAUCUGAGACAGAAGAAAUGUACCACCAUCGAGGAUAGCUCCAACAUGAGUCUCUGGAGCCAGAACAUCACCGACUGCCCGAUAAGAAACCUCACGGUGGACGGUGAGUUUGGGUCUUGGUCUCCAUGGCAACUGUGCGAGGAGGCCACGAGGUCGUGCGUGUGCCGCUCCAGGUCAUGUGACAGCCCUGCUCCGGAGUGCGGAGGUCAUGAGUGUGAGGGGUCAAGGAUCGAAGUGGCAAACUGCUCAAGGCACUCACCACCUGGUUUAGUGAGUAUGCAUGGGAUAGGAGGCUACUGGGAGAAAGUUCCUCGCUACGGAGGGAGAGUGUGUGUUGGACAAAGCAGGGAGGAGCGGUUCUGCAACGAGAACACAGCGUGUCCGUCGCCAGUGUUCUGGUCGAGUUGGGGCCCGUGGACCAAGUGCAGUGCCGACUGCAGUGGAGGGAUGCACAUGAGGCAAAGGAGCUGCCAGAACGGGAACACAUGCCCCGGUUGUACAACGGAGCACCGGGCCUGCAACGUGGAGCCGUGCCAGGAGGUACGCAGGAACACGCCGUGGACGCCGUGGAUGCCGGUCAACGUCAGCCAGAGCGGAGCGCGGCACGAGCAGCGCUUCCGCUUCACCUGCCGGGCGCCCCUCGCCGACCCACACGACCUCCAGAUUGGCAAGAAGCGGGUGGACAGCCGCUACUGCCCCGCUGACGGCAGCUCGGCCUGCACCACCGACCAUCUGGUGGAUGACCUGGUGAAGUUCAACCACCAAGUCCCCCGGAGGGUCGGUGGUGGCUGGUCGGCGUGGACGCUCUGGUCCGCUUGCUCCCGUGAAUGCGAGACCGGCUUCCACUCCAGGAAGAGGAGCUGCUCCAACCCGGAGCCGACGAACGGCGGCCUGCCCUGCCUGGGAUCCCCCGUUGAGUACGAGAACUGCAAUCAGCAGCUAUGUCCAGUGAAGGGAGCUUGGUCCUGUUGGUCACCUUGGUCGCGAUGUUCUGCCACGUGUGGCAGUGGGCACUACCAGCGUACGCGGACCUGCACCAACCCAGUGCCGGCCAACAACGGCGACAUCUGCAUGGGUCUACACUUGGAGGAAGCUCUCUGCAACACCCAGCCUUGUGAAGGUGGCUGGUCAGUGUGGACGGAGUGGAGCGUGUGCGAUGAGGAGAACGCCCAGUUCCGCAGCCGCCACUGCGAGGUGUCCAACCCAGGGGCGGUGCAGUGUGUCGGCAACAGCACCCAGCGCCGGACCUGCCUCUACAACGAAAUCCCAGUGAUUCAACCAGCGAUCGGGAGUGACUCCAAUUGUGGCCGUUUCAGCAUCUACCACCUGGUUGCCACAGGUGUGUCUACUUUCCUGGGCACCAGCCUGCUCACCCUGCUCAUCUACGUGUACUACCAGCGAUGCUACAGGCAAUCUCAGGAGUCGACAGUCAUUCACCCCAGCACCCCCAACCACCUCAACUACAAGGGCAGCACUCAGGCGAACAAGAACGAGCUCUACAACCCGAUGGAAAUCAAGACGCUGAACAAGAACAAUUUGAUUCCUGACGACAGAAGCAACUAUUUCUCCUCCCUACAACAGACAAAUGUGUACACCACGACAUAUUAUCCUACGAGCCUGAAUAAGUAUGACUACAGGCCUGAUUCUUCACCCGGAAGAACCUACACCUAACUACCUACAGGUAACUCCCACGGAGAUGGUGCUUCGAAUUGAACCCAGGAAGGACCUCUGCAAGCAAACCAUAAUCAUCGCACCGCACAUACUCACCAUAGCAUCAGCCAAUCAUGGAUCAAAUUUUCUUGAGGUCCUUCGUUGAAGAUUUGCACUCCUUCAAGAUCCACAGUCCAGAACCCUCGAAACUUGCUUAAGACUUCUGAGAAAACCAGGACUUUAAGGAGCAAUGGAUUUUUAAAAAAUAUAUAUAUAUAUAUAUAGACUCACGGACGACGAGAUAUAAUUCGUUUCUGACAGGAAAUGGCCAAACUCAGCUGGGAAAAUGGCCGCCACGAUUGCCGAACUAUACAAAGGGGCAACACGUCACCCCUCUCGCUCUCUCUAUGAAACUGUAGAAUUGCUGAAGAUUUUCUCUCCGAGAUUAAUUGGUAUUGGUCAGAAAGUGGUA